UCCCGGCCUCGCCAUGGGGCACAACGGCAGCUGGAUCGCCCGCAACGCCAGCGAGCCGCGCAACGCGUCGGGCGCCGAGGCGGCGGGUGCCAACCGGAGCGCGCUGGGGGCGCUCGGCGAGGCGCAGCUGUACCGCCAGUUCACCACCACCGUGCAGGUCGUCAUCUUCAUAGGCUCGCUGCUCGGAAACUUCAUGGUGUUAUGGUCAACUUGCCGCACAACCGUAUUCAAAUCUGUCACCAACAGGUUCAUUCAAAACCUGGCCUGCUCGGGGAUUUGUGCCAGCUUGGUCUGUGUGCCCUUCGACAUCAUCCUCAGCACCAGUCCUCACUGUUGCUGGUGGAUCUACACCAUGCUCUUCUGCAAGGUUGUCAAAUUUUUGCACAAAGUCUUCUGCUCUGUGACGAUCCUCAGUUUUCCUGCCAUUGCCUUGGACAGGUAUUACUCAGUCCUGUAUCCCCUGGAGAGAAAACUAUCAGAUGCCAAGUCCCGCGAACUGGUGAUGUACAUCUGGGCUCAUGCAGUGGUGGCCAGCAUCCCUGUGUUUGCUGUGACCAAUGUGGCCGAUAUCUACGCCAUGUCGACCUGUACCGAAGUCUGGAGCAACUCAAUGGGCCACCUGGUGUACGUCCUGGUCUAUAACAUCACGACGGUCAUUGUGCCUGUGGCUGUAGUGUUCCUCUUCUUGAUACUGAUCCGACGGGCCCUGAGUGCUAGCCAGAAGAAGAAGGUCAUCAUUGCAGCGCUUCGGACCCCACAGAACACCAUCUCCAUCCCCUAUGCCUCCCAGCGGGAGGCAGAACUGCAUGCCACCCUGCUGUCCAUGGUGAUGGUCUUCAUCUUCUGUAGUGUGCCCUACGUCACCCUCGUCAUCUACCAGACCGUACUCAAUGUCCCUGAUACUUCUGUCUUCUUGCUGCUCACUGCCAUUUGGUUGCCCAAAGUGUCUUUGCUGGCAAAUCCUGUGCUCUUUCUUACUGUCAACAAAUCUGUCCGCAAGUGCUUGGUAGGAACCUUGGUACAACUGCACCACCGGUACAGUCGCCGGAAUGUGGUUAGUACAGGGACUGGGAUGGCUGAUGCCAGCCUGGAGCCCAGCAUGCGCUCAGGCAGCCAGCUCCUGGAGAUGUUCCACAUUGGGCAGCAGCAGAUCUUUAAGCCCACAGAGGAUGAGGAAGAGAGUGAAGCCAAAUAUAUGGGCUCAGCUGACCUCAGGGCCAAGGAGAUAUUGACCACCUGCCUGGAGGGUGAGCAGGGGCCACAGUUUGCAUCCCCUGCAUCACCCCCUGGCACAGUGGACUCUAUAUCCCAGGGGGUGCCAGCAGCCCCGGUGGAGCCUGAGACAUUCCCUGACAAGUAUUCCCUGCAGUUUGGCUUUGGGCCUUUUGAGUUGCCUCCUCAGUGGCUCUCGGAGACCCGGAACAGCAAGAAGCGGCUGCUUCCCCCCUUGGGGAACACCCCAGAAGAGCUGAUCCAGACAAAGAUGCCCAAGGUAGGCAGGGUUGAGCGGAAGAUGAGCAGGAACAAUAAAGUGAGUAUUUUUCCAAAGGUGGAUUCCUAGCAGGGGUUGUAGAUUCCUGGAAGAAACAGGGAGAUCCCACACUCCUGCUCCCUUUUACUCUGGCCCAAUGAUUCCUGUGAGAUCAUUGCAGCCCAGAAUGGGUUGACUCCUCCCAUGUGGACCAUAUGCUUUGGAAUGAAAGGGAAAUCAUAGAAAGCCAAAUGUCCUCUUUACCGAGGGAAUAUAUGUAUUUAUCUCAACGACUGAUGUCCUUUGUGAAGUCUACCCCUCUCUCUGCGGAGGGGAAAGUUGGGCAGUGGGAACGGGCCCCAGAAUGGAUACUCUAUGUGAGCUCCCAGGUCCCUGGGCCCAGCAGAAACAACACAGAGAGAAGAGGGCCCAUGAGCUCCAAGGGAGCAGGGACCCUUGAAGGGGAGCCUGAGAUGAUGACGAAGUGCUGUUGCCAAAAGGAAAACACCCAUUUGACAGACUGAAUUAUGAUGGAAAGUGAAUUUUUUAUGUUGAUCUCUGCCUUCAGAGAAGUAGGGACUUGGCAUUUGAUAUCGUCUCUUGAAGGACCAUCAGAUGGUCACAGUUGCUACUGAUGUCUUUCAUCCCUUUCACUGGGUCAUAGAUAGGAAAUGACUAUCCUACUUCCAGUUGACAGGGCGGUGGAUAUGCUUGGGGGUUAGGGAGAUAGUUUGUCUUGAAAUUCUGACAUUUGUUGGGAUCACCGAGGCCUUGGAGAUGUCCCCUGGUCACAGUGGGUGUCAGCUGGAAAGCAUUGCAAACUCUUCAUUAUUCCUUCCCUCUUAAGCUGUGUUUUACCCGCAAAUGAGAGAGAAACUUAAGUGUGGAGAAGACAGAUAUGUCCAGGUACUGUGGACUUUACUCUUCCCAUGUGAUCUCACACAUCAAGCAAAAAUUCUUGAUUAGGAAAGAUGAUUCUGCUCCAAAGACUGGAAAAAGUCUGACCAAGAUGGUUCCCUUCUCAGGAGAACUGCAGAAUUGAGGCGUGGCCAGUUUCAUUCCCUAUUUGUACCACUGUGGCUCUCCCUUCAUUUUGGGCACAAUGGAGAAACAGAACAGGGAGAAAGACUUUCUCAUAAUAAAAUGUCAAGGCAACACCUAGCCCAGGUGAAUUCACUACUUUCUCCUUCCUAGUGAAGUUUAGCAGAAUCCAAAGACAAAAGAGGGAGCACAGAGUCCUCCACAGAUUAGUUCCUUGGUGGUUCUCACAAGUAACUUGAAUCCAGUUGGGGGUGGAUUUCACCAGGCUAAAGUCAAACUACAGAGGACACUUCACUUUGAACGAAGGCAAAUCAAGUGUCUUCUCUCUAAAGUGGUUUGUGCUUGUUAAUAGUGCAGAGGGGAGCUCAUCCAGGGCCAGGAGCAAGCCUGAAGGGAAGCGGGCAUGCUCGCAGGCACACUUCUGCAAGCCAAGGGCAGUGGGCCUCACGCAUCCCCUGUUGGAACCACAUUGGCCCUUUUCAUUCAGGAGACUCAGACCCUGUGUAGGGAGUUCCUUUUUUCCUUCUCCUGGGUGUGGUGUCUUGUGAUUCCUGAGUGUGAACCCAAAGGCCUUUUCCCUGCAGAGGGAGCGCCUUCCUCUUCGUGCUUUGUUUCCUGGCAGAGUUGUGUGCUCACAGCAAAAACAGGGGACGUGCCCUCAAGGCAGCCCUGCCUCCUGCGUGUUUUGCGCAUGCCAUUGUAGCUCCUGAUAGUUCACAUGUGGGCUUCUAGCUGAUUUCAAAACUUUCACCGUUGUCACAGCUCUCAUCAAGGGAAACAUAAUCUGUCAGAAAAUCACAUCCACUUAGGAGAAUCUGUCCAAUGUAACCUCUUUGGUGUCGUUCUGUUAAUAUGUAUGUACAACUUAAUACAUUCUGAUGAGGCAGAAUUUGGUAGGUAUUCCCUAUGUAUGUUUGAAGCAGAUGGCUGACUUCUAACAGGUCAUUGUCAGGUGUAUUCCUAUACUCUGAAGAACUACAUUUUAAUAAAAAAUUGAAAAGCAGUUUCUGU